UUUGAUCCAAGGGGGAAACUGUCAAACGAAGAACCACGGAAUAGCGUUAUUUAUUUGUUUGUAUUUCGCAGUUCUUCCAAAAGUUUGCAAAAUACAGUGAAAUUGGUGCGGUUGUAUCGUACAAUUCGCGCUGCCUACCAUUGGUGAGACACCAUGGCACACAGUAUCGUUAGAACGAAAAAUCGGUGGACAACGGCGCAGCUGGAACUGCUUGUAGAUGUGUGGGGAAAAUACUACCAACAACUGAAGGCAGGCCGUGGCCACGAAGAGAUCUACGAAAUGAUGGUAGACGAGCUAAAGGAAGCCGGAUGUCUGGAAGCCACCGUAAAACAGGUGCGGGGUCGUAUACACAACCUUAGCGGAAAGUAUAGGAAGGAGGCAAGCGAGGUACUGAAAACGGGCAUACCAUCACAGUGGAGCUUGUACAGUAAGAUUUCGAAAUUUUUCGAAUAUUCCGCCCCGGCACGGUUUAAGAAUUUGGGACCCCCGGUGUACGAUAUGACCGAAUACCUGGACAUGGAUCUCGUGAUGACGGGUGUAAUUGAGCGACAUGCGUCCAACAGAAACCGGGCCGACAAUCAUCCGGCAGAAUUUGAGCUGGAGGAAAACUCGCUCGACAUGGAGGACGAUGAGGUAGAACCGGGCGACGGGUCGGCCGAUCGUGCAAAUCGCGAAGAAUAUUCCGACAUGGGAAUGUACGACGAUGAAAAUACGCUCGAUGAAUUUCCGGUGGAAGAUGAACGCCGCUCGGGCAGUAGGUCGGGGGAAGAGCAAGAGCACGUACAGCAACAAUCAGAGCACGAGGAAGAAUCGGUAGUGAAAGAAUCCGAGCGGGAUGACACGGAUGAGGAUGGAGAUUCGACUGCGGAAGAUGACGAUAUUACUGUUCUGGAACAACAAACGCAAAAGUCUAGCGAAGUGUUUCAUAUUGAGGGCGAUUUUCGGCAGGCAGCAAUUGAAGAGUUUUUGUGUCAAUUGUACAGCAAUCAACUGUAUGCGGACGUGAUGCUGAUUACAUGCCACGAGGGCGUUACGUGCGUGAUGCCGGCACAUCGAAUGGUUUUGGCAAACUUUAGUGAGUUCUUCUCCAGCGUCCUGGGCGCACUAAAACCGAACACAAACGGGAACCCGAUUACGCUCUGCCUGCAGCCCGACAUUUCGCAACGCAUUAUGCAGCUUCUGCUACAGUACAUGUACACGGGCAAAGCGUCCGUGCCGAAGGGGCUGCUGGCGGAUUUUCUUCGCUGCGGACAAAUUCUCCGCGUUCGGGGCAUAUGGAACGAAGAGAGGGGAAAAGCACCGGCAAAACCGGCAGCAAUUAAGCCACCUGCCGUUGUGAACGUAAGCAAGGAAAUGCACACCCGCGCACCAUCGUCCAUUUCCGACGAGGAAGAGGAACGUUCGCUUUCCUCCUCGUCGGUCACAAAGACAGCCGAUCUGUCGCCGAAAGAUACCGGCAGCAGUACAAGCAGUUCCGAAACGGAACAGUCGACGGUAACGGAACGGUCCAAAAAGCGGCGCAAAAAAAUGAGCAAAAAGGCGUCAAAAAUGCGUCGUGUCGCGAGCGAAGAGGAUGACGAUUCGGAUGAUGUAGAAGUUUCGUCCAAGGUUGGGUUUGAUUUGCUACGCUCGGAUUCGGAAACGGAGGACAAAACGACGACAGAGUCGCGUGAUAGGCGAAGCGCGACCAGCGACGGUGUGUCCGAGGGCAGUGAAGAAGACGUCGACGAUGAUGAAUCCUACGAUCUCGAUGAUGAGGAUGACGAUAGCACGGACGAUUACGACGAUUACGAAGAGGAGGAGGAGGGCCUGGACGAUGAGAAAGGAUCGGUAGAGGACGACGAGGAGGAGGAUGAAGAGGAGGAUAACGGGACGGAAUACAUUGACACGGAACAAGACGAUGCUGAGAUGGACUUUGAAAUGAUUAGCGUGGUGAAUGGCGACGCCGAGUCGGUGGGCAAUGUGUCUACCGGUGUGACGACAACCCCGGAACCAUCGCUACCACAAUCGGAAGCAACGUCGGAGAAGGAAAGCAUCGAACACAACAAUCGGAUACCGGCGAAUGGAAGUGUGAAUGGAAGCGUGAACGGAAGAUCGCGCCAAAGCUCGGUAUCGCUAGAACAUGGACAAUCGGAAGAAUCGGAACAAACGGCACCGGUAAAACCGUCCACAAAACCACCCGACAUUCGACGCACGUAUCAAGUAGUACCUUCCGCGCCUCAUACCACACAUGAACACAUGAACGGUACGGCACCGUCACACCCCAGCCAUCCGGAACAGUGCGCCAACAAGCAUGAUUACGCACAACCUACCACGAGUAAGAGUGCGCUGUUGCGCAAGGUGCGGUCGGUGUACAGCUGUAAAAUAUGUGGCGAGCGGUUCAAAACAGCCGACACCUGGGUGGAACACAUCGUGUACGAACACUACGAGCGGAAACCGAUCACGCACGAGGAAAGCAAUCCGAAAGGACACAUCACGAUGCUGCAGUGCGAUCUGUGUAGCAAAUUCCUUGGCUCGGAAUACGACUGGGUGUAUCACGUGCUGAAGAAACACACCGAACGAUAUCCACACUUUCACGAAGAGUUCUCGCAGUCGGAUUGACCCUCCCGCGGCGUGCAAUCGUUUCCCGCUGGCAUACGUUGAAGAUGCAUGAUGAUGGAGGAUAGCGUCGGGGGAGGGGCGUUUAGGUUGUUGUCUCACCAGGCUCUACAUAAUGUUUAUGUAGACGUAUAUAUGUUUAGGGCGCAGAGGGCACCCGUCCGUAAGGUUAAAGAGCGUUUAAAGAGCGGGACGGUGACGGUGUCACUUACGCAUUCUUCUCUGCUUUUGCACACGAAUAGGCAUCCUUCUUCCUGUUUGGCACUACGAUCCCAAGAGAAACUCCUAGACAGCCAUUUCUUGCUUCCUUGACUUAAUUUUACCCGCUCAGCUCAGGAUGCUCAGUCCUUGCGCGUAUUGUAAUGUGUUCUACUUUACUUUUCUUCUUCUUCUUCCUUGGCACUACAACCUCGAGAGGUCUCGGCCUGCCACCAUUUCUGGCUUUCUGUGACUUAAUUUUACCCGUAGCAACGUAGUCAGCCAUGCGUACGGGGAGGCGGUCUGGAUGGGAUUUGAAUCCCGGUCCUGCCGUAUGAAGACCGGCGCCGUUAUCGCCUCGGCCACCGGACCGCCCCAAUACACUACUUUACUUUUACACCCAGACAGUUUUUACUUUUACACAGAGAAAGUUUUAUAUUUUCACUCGCACUGCUAACCCCCUGUUUUAAUGCGCAACACUUUCGGACGGGUUGCGAGGUUAUUUUAAACAGAUAGAAAUUGCCACAUAUGUGUAUUUAUAUGUUAGCCUAAGGUAGCACCAUAUGAAGCUGAUCAGAACAGAUGUCAUGUAACGGCAGACGGUGUACAACAAUUCACACAUUGUACAAAUUUUUAUGCUCUAGAUUGUAAGUAAAUAAACUCUCGAACCUGUUUUUACUACCGGAUGUUUGACUCUUCCGACGGUGGCGAUCGCCCUCUCUGUGUGUUUAUGGACUUGUGCCUUCCGGUACCAGCACGUUUGUACGCAUCGCAACAAGGAACCUUCAAAGGAACUGCUUGAGUCGCACAGUUCAAUCUCCUUGGCCUUGAAAGUAAGCACAGUGGGAAGAUGGGAACGAUUGUAGGGUCUAAAGUAAAAAGGGUAGAUUGUAUCUAACCUUAAAUAUUUUAUUUUUCUUGUAAUAUCUGCGUUACACACAGGAUGCUUUUUAAAAUACAUCUACAAUGUGUAUUGGUGAAAAGCAAGUAGUGAUUAUACGCGAACUAGUAGCAGUAGUAGUAGUAGUUAUGGCACUUCUGCAAUACGCCGAGUGCACUUUAGUAGGGGUUCCAAAAGGGAUUCUGGUUCGGUCAACAAAAAAA